AUGCCUAGGCUACCACCGCCUCGGAGCACCAACACGGUCUUAUACGUGUAUGGCCCAUCUACCAAGCAUCCAUCCCCUCGCGCGACGUCAGAAAGAUGUAGCCUCUGCUUGGUCUUUGAGCAAGACUUUGUACGGCGGGAUAUCUUUGAACCCCCUGGAACAAGAAGCGAUAGUUAUACAUACUAUAUCCACCAUAAAAAUUGGGAGUUUCUCAAGCAGUCCGUCGACAAUGGAUGCAAAUUAUGCAAGCUCCUCUACAAUGGUUAUCUUCAUACACGCCACGAACGGCGAUCGGCGAAGCAUGAAAGCGACGCGGUGCAGGAUACCGAAUCCAAACUAUCGAAAUCACUGGGCGCCGAGACAUCAGGAACUUUCGUCUUCUAUGUCCCCUACGACUAUUCUGAACUCGCUGGGCCUCUUCAGAUAUUCUUCUGUCACACAGACAUGUUCGAGGAAUCAACACUGGAGGCAGUUUCACGGCAUGACAGCUACGCUUUGGCAGAAUUCGCCGUUGCUUCAAGUCCUGGUGACCCCUUUUUCUCGGCUGGGCCUAGAUCGUAUUCUUUAGGGAGAUUAUGCGCCCCUGAAGCCGAUUUUUCUCUAGGAGCGAGUUGGCUUUUCGACUGCCAGAAAAAUCACCAAUGCCAGACCACUCAUCACACUCCCAUCGGCAUCAAGCAGCAGAAUCCGACGCGGUUGCUUCGUCUACAGCCCAAAAAGGGCAUUAUUAGCCUAAUUGACACCAUUAAAACCCAGAAAUACGACUAUAUCGCGCUCUCACAUCGUUGGGGCCAAUCCAAACCGGCUGUGACCUUGACCAGCAAUUUGCACGCCCGAAUGGCAGGCAUCAAAAUCAACACCUUGCCACAAACAUUUCAAGACGCAGUGACGGCGACGCAUAGGCUCGGCUAUGAAUACAUCUGGAUUGACUCACUCUGCAUCAUCCAGGAUGAUAAGGCAGACUGGGAGAGGGAGUGCCCCAGGAUGUCAGAUGUGUAUCGAGGAGCGGUCUUGACUAUUGCUGGACCGGCAGCUACAGACUCCAGUGCCGGGUUUUUACACAAGAGAGAGUUUGUCACCAACCUGAAAUAUACUCCGUGUAAGCUACAAAGCAUUGACGGAAAGGCAAAUGGCAAUGGGAUGAUAACUAUAUGGUACCCCGGCUGCCACCGAGAUCCAACAGCAGAGACUGAUGUGAGGACACGCAGCCUCAGUCCCCUGGAUAGUCAGCCAGACAGCUUCUUGCAAAAUCGAGGAUGGAUUAUGCAAGAAUAUAUGCUUUCAAGUCGGAUUCUGUAUUUCGGAUCUUUCCAAAUGUAUUUCGAAUGUGGUCGCGCAUCCUGGUUUGAAUCAACAUUCCAGCCAAGGAACCCAUCCAGGUAUUCCAACCAAGACAGGUCGCUCAGAAAAUCUCUCAAUGACCAUAUAGGAGAGUUUGACAUCUUGCUGGACGGCUGGCAUGAGUUCGUAACGCGCUAUUCUCUAUGUGCUCUUACGAACCCAACCGACAAGUUGCCUGCCAUCUCGAGCAUUGCGCAGUCGUUGGACCCUCUGGGCCAGCAAAGCUACUAUGCUGGUUUAUGGGGGUCGCAUCUUCCGGAGUCUCUUCUUUGGUUUGUUUGCGAUGACACUGGGGAUCGGGCACAACGGCCAGAUAACAAGCCAGCCAGAACACCGGCCUAUAUAGCCCCUAGCUGGUCCUGGGCUUCGACAAAGGCGCAUGUUCGGUUCAUUAACUUGCUGAGAAGACAGACCUGCCCCAUUAGUGUUGUUUCAUGCUCUACCAAGUUAAGCGGAGUAACGCUUAAUCCUGAUCGCUUCGGUUGUGUUAGUGCUGGGAGAUUAAGCAUUAAGGGGAGGCUCAGCCGCGUGCUGACAAUCGAAGAUGUGAAAGGAGGUAAAUUCCUAGCUUGGAAAUGGCCAGACCUUUCUCAGUCCCGGCACACCGAAUCCUCGAUCAAAGGCAUCCAUCAAACAUCAAGGAACCAGGAAAGUGACGCCCCUGCUGGUUUGACAUUGUCGGGAUGCGGAGAAUUCUCUCCUGAUGAUGCAUCAGCAUAUAAAGCCCACAUUUCCAGCGAUGAAUGUUCAUUUGGGAAAUUCAACUCCUCUGUCCAAAUAAGCGAGGCGGGCAGGGGAAAGCUGGGUAUGCUGCCGCUACAGGAAACAUUUGCUCUGCAGGCAGUGAUAGGCUCCGGAUAUACAUACAAUGGUCUUGCUCUGGAGCGAGUACCCAACAUGGCAAAUACUUUCCGUCGAAUAGGGUGCAUCUCCUUUGGAAUUUGGGCAUUGGAGCAAAUCACCUGGUUUGAGGAUCAACUUCCGCAAACAAUUGAGAUCAUAUAA